AUGGCGCCUUCGCAAGAUGCUGCUAUGUAUGCGUGCAAGUGCCUGAACGUACGCUGCCGCCCGCAGCCUCCGUCUGGGUCGCCGCCGGAGGUGCAAGACUCGCACUUUUUCCCGGUCUAUGUCGGCGACGAAGGUAUCACGAUUGCUCAUAAUCAAGUUACACUAAGGAAGCGGACCAAGGUGUUCAAGGACGAAGAUAGAUCCCGAUGGAUCCGGUAUAUGUCCUUGACCUGCUUGCUAUGCGAGGCUCUGGUAUACCGUGUGCUGCAAGUGGUGCCACCGGAGGCCGAAGGAAAUGAAGGUCCCGUACUACCAAGCGAAGGCUGGGCAGAGGAAGAACCGCUGAAGAGUUCCAGCGGAUGGGUCGAGGUUCAUAAGCAAUGCUUGACCGGAGAGGCUGUACGUCAGCUUGAAGCGUCCCCGUCGUACUCGACGUUAUUCCGAAUCAUUCUUCCUGCUGAAAUACCUUCUUCACCCGUUGAUCCACUACUUAAACCCUCUACGCCGCCACCACCCCCGUCGCCCGCCUCUCGAACCUACUUACCCCCUCUGCCACCCAUCUUCCCCCCGGCGCCUUUCACGCCUUCCCAUCCUACAUUCUCCCAUCUUGCCUCGUUCGCCCGGGAAGAAUCUACCAGGAUACGCUCACAGGCCGAGGAGUAUCUCGCCACAGUCACGCAAGCCAAGGUAGACGAAAUAAACCGCCUCGAAGAGGAUCUCCGGCGACAAGUCGAGCUAUUAUGGAGGAAAUUUAGGAAAGAAAUCCUGAAGAUCGAGGUCGAGGUAGACGGCGUGAGAGAUAAGCCUCUCGGCCGCAGAAGGAAUAGCGGCAGUCGCGCUAGGUCUAGUUCCUCUGGCCCUAGAGCAGUCAAUGGAACAGUGCCCGUGUCUAUACGGUCAUUCGUUCCUGCUCACAGUUUGUCCUCGACCAGCAGAGUGUCAAGUCCGCCUCGUCCACGUGCACCGUCCGCUCUAUCUACGUCCUUGGCUUCAUCCUCUUUCCAGCACCCGCGAGCGCAAGAAGACUGCAGGUCAUCUGAAGCUCGCAGUCAAGGCUUACAGUCGGCCGUUGCUGAUGAGACGUCUUCCGAGGACUCGCUGGGCGACAAUGCAACCAAUGGACGCGGAAUACCGUCUCGGGCUAGGUCGCAGUCUGUUCCUACUCGCAUCAAAGGCGAUCCUAGCAACAGUAUUCUCUCGCCUUUCCAUAGAAAUAUGGAUCCGUCCAAGGACGUUGCCACAAGCUUCCGGUAUUUCGCUAACCUGGACGAACAUAUGGGAACUUCCGAGCCGACUGAAGGUGGAGCGGUUGAGCAGACGAAGGCCCCCGGCAGUCCCAAGGGAACCAAAGCGGAUGCAAAUAACGUGGACAAAGGGGAGGGGACCAGUGCGCUUCCUCAAGCUCGGAAGUCUCGGUCGAAGAGCAGGACACGAGAUGGUAGUCCCUCUAAGGAGGACGACUUGAAGACGAGACGAAAAGUGACAUUCAAUGUGGAGCCUGCUGUCGUAACGAUCACGAGAAAUGUGACUGCUGAGAAGGAAGCUCAAGAAGCCUCUCGGGCGCAGAAACGGACGGAAGACAUGAUAUUCGACCUUGAUGACGACGUGGACGGACAGACCUCAGAUGGCACGGCCAGUCUACCUCUCAAUGAACCUGUUCGUGCACCUGCCCGUCCUCGUGGCCGCCCACGCAAAUCAAGCGAUGAGGGAUUACCUCAGUCUUACUCAGUCUUGCGCCCUGCGUCCUUACCAGCUCCUUCCAAUGUUCGACCUGUCCCAGACGAAGAACGGACGGCGAGCCCCCGGUCCCUCAAGGACGAUGCACCCGUCUUGGAAGGGCGGAAGGCACGGUCAAGACGAACCAGUGAUGAGGGCGAGGGGGAUAGUCCGCUGGACCCUCAUGAAGCAGAGAUAUUGAAGUUGGUGGCCGCGGACACGCCGAGUCAUCGGGGUGCAUGGAAGAAGGAUAGCAAAGCGUGGCAGACGUUCGUUCGUAGGCAGGAUCGAAGAUCGAAGAUAUCCAGCGCGGCUGCUAUCUCGGAGGAGAACGAGGAUGAAGAUGAAUACGAGGAGGAAGCGGACGCAGGGAUUUUUGAUGAUUUCGAGGAUCCAUCGGAAAGUGAUGAUUUGGAUGACGGGUCUUUCGCGGAUUCGAAGCCACCUCGUCUUGGUUCAUCUAUGCCUAUAGCUAUCGGCCCACUAUCAAGAUCCAAGAAGGUACUCGGUAUACCGUCGUAUCAACCAAAGACAUCAUUAUCGGAUCGUCCAGGGGUGUUGGUACCUCCCCUCCCGCCCAACCAGCGGAGAAGGAGCAGUGGAGAGUUCUCUUCCUCUACAUUGCGCAAGGCCUCGUACGCUGAGCGCGAUCGGAUGCGGAAUAUGGAUCCAGGAGCCCUCGACUUUGCCGCUGAGGACGUUGAUGAGGAUGAAGACACUGAUAAUGACAAUAUCCCUCAAGUGGGAAGCGUGGGUCGGCAGCGAGCGCUGAAGAUCUUGGAAGCCCGAAGUAAAGUGCCCUCUGCAAGCAUGUGGCGCAGUCUAGCCGAAUGAGCGCGAGCCGGUCAAUGUGUGUACCUCUAUGUAACUUACUGUGCUCCGACGUAAUACUGUAGGCAAAGGUGUAGCGAAGGUCGCGUCUUGGUAAUUCUUAGGUGAAC